AGUAGUACCAUCGUGGAUUACCUCAAGUAGACCAUGAGACGUUGUACUAAACUUGUUAUUCUUAAUUAAGCUACUAGAAACUGCGAAUCACCUGCUGAGCAAAAAUUAUCCGCCGUCUUCAAUCUCUCUCCAUGAACACAAUUAUGAUUUCUUCAUUCGCAGAGGUGGUAGAUAGGGAGAGAGGACGCUUUGAGCGUAAUCCUAUAGAUGAAUCAACUUUUUUUGUUGGUGAAUGGGAUGAUUGUAAUGAUUAUUUCACUGAUAGCGAUGAUAAGAAGCAAAAAUCAGAGGUAUGGAGAGAAAAUUGACAUGGGUAUCGAAGAUGGAGCUUCAGCAAAUCAAAGCAGCGAGAGAAGGAUGUCUGAAGGUGACGUAGAGACUAUGGAGGAGGACAUAUCAGGAGCCACUAAAUCCACUAAUGGGAAUACUUCAGAGGAGGAUAUGUCAACUGAGAUGAAGGAUAAGAAGGAGAAGCGAAAGUUACAAGAGGAUGGGGUCGAAUCAGAACAGAACGAAUAUAUCGAAACUGCAAUUGAAGUGAAGAAGAAAAACAAGUCUAUAAGCACAAGUGAUGUUUAAGUAGUUUUCUGUACGACAGAGAGGCUUUGAAGCAAUUGAAGGUUAUAGGACUUGGUAGAGAUUCAGUGAAGGAAUUAACAUGCAUUGGAAAACAUUGUUACAGGCUAUGUUUUAUUAUAUUAGCAGGAACAACAUUCAUUGGAGCUUUAAGUUCCUUCAUUUUGUUUAUUAGGACAAAAAAAUUCUACCAGGGAGAUAUUUAUAUGAAAUUCCGACUUGAGAAAACCAUGGCUAGCACAGAAGCCGAAAAUACCGAAAUGGUUUCACCGAUAGCCUCUAAUACCAAAUGCAAGGUAUCAAAUUCGUGAGUAACGAGCGUCAAACUUCGGACAGCAGUUCACCUUUUCAAUCUAUUUUUAUUUUUUUGUUAAAGUUUGAUGUUUUAACAUGUAUUGCCAUAUGUAUACUCUUAGCGAGGGUCUAGUACACCAAUGUAUUAGUACCACAAGUAUAUCUAUAAUGUGAAACGGUUCCUCAUGCAAA